ACAAGUGAUGAAGAGUAUAGCGGUAGUAAACUAAUAGACAAUAUUUGGAUAAAUUCCCAAAUAUGUAUAAUUGAUAUUAUAUUAAAAAGUCACGAAAAGAAUCUAUUGGAUAUAGUAUUAUAUGAAAUCAAAAAAUGUACCAAAAUGAAAACAGAAAAUGUGCAACGACAAAACCUAAUUGAAUUAAAGAAAGAAAGAUGUCUAGAAAUUAAAAGAACACAAGUUGAACCAAUAAUUGAAAAAUCUUCAAAGAAAGAAUCUCAAACAGCUCGCAAAUCUACAAAUCCAACCAAAUUAAUACGAAGUCAGGAAAUCAAAAUUGGUAGUCCGCAUUGCAGCAAAGAGGAAGAACAAGGAUCGUCAGCAUACUUUGAUACUUUAGAACCCCCUCAGAUUUCAAUGUCAGUUCCAGCUGAAAAUGAAAAAUUAGAUGAAGAACAAAAUAUUUCAGAGGAAUUGCCUGUACUUGAGAAAGAAGAAACUAGUUGUGAUAAUGUUGAAAAUGAAGAUAAAGAUAUUGAGAAAGUAUGGGAAAACAUUAGAAAAGAUUUAACAUUCUCUGAAGAAGAAAAUAAUAAUGAAAUAAAAGAAAAUGAUGACAAUGAAUUUUUAAAUGCAUCACCAGAAGAAAAAAUUGCAGGUCCAGAAGAAGAAGAACCAUCUGAUUGGGAAGAUCAUGAACCUUCAGAUGGUGAAAUAGAAAAUGAAAAACAACAAACAGCAAAUGAAACUGUUGAAAGUGGUGAAUGUGUGUUGAUAUUAUCUGAUGAAGAAAUUGAGGAAACAAUUCAGCCAUUAAAAGUCAAAGAAUUAGAUAAUCAAUCUGUUGAAGUCAACAAUGAAAAUUUAGCAAAUACUUCUAAACAAGAUGAUGAUGAACUUGAAACUGUAAUGAUACCAGAUGAUAAAUCAAAUAUUGAAGUUGAAGAAAGUUUAAAUUCAACAGAUCAUCAGGAUGAAAAAGCAGUGGAAAAAGAGGAAACAAAAGAAGCAGAAAAUGUUGAAAAUAAUAACCAUGUAGAUUAUAAAUCAGAUCAAGAAUUUAAAGAUCAAGAAUUAAUUGAAUCAGAUUUAGAAACUGAUAAUGAAAACAAUCAUAUGAAAGAUGUUACCGAUACUGUAGAAUAUCUUUCCGAAAAAUCUACAAAGAUGAGUAAUUCAGAUUCAGAUAAUAUUAACACUAGAGAUUCAACAAAAAUUACUAUAAAACGAAGUUUAUCUUCUGGAAAUGAAGAAUAUGAAUUGAAAAAAAUGAAAUUAGACAAUGAUUCUUAUGAUCAAUUAAAUUGCAAUGAAAAUAACUUAUAUGCAGUGGAAAAUGGAGCAAGUGAUGAGUGUGAAGCAGAUUUAUCAUCAAAUAUAAGUCGUUCUAAGUCAACUAUUCUUACUCAAAAAGCAUUGGAAGAUAUGAUAGCACAAGAAAUUUGUGAAUAUAUGAUGGAAGGAAAUAAAAAUUGUAUUUCGACAUGGAAAAAGAAAAAUCAAGAAUUAGAGAGUAUUAUAGAUACAUGGAAAAAGAAGGCAGAGAGUUUACAACAACAGUUACUUGAAUUGCAAGUGGAACAAAAGAAAUUACAAAGCUUAGGAAACAGAGGACCUGGAAUUCCUUUUAAGAAAGCUACAAGAACUGUUGGAAUAAAUGUUAGAUUACCUCAGGAACUUUUAACAAGAACAGUAGGAACUAAUGUAAAUUUACCUCAGCGUCCAAUUGAACGUCUUCCAAAAUGUAUAAGUCCUUCAAAAUCAGUCUCAAAAAUUUCCUCUAGAUCUGAUUCAUCAUCCUCACAGGGAACUUCAGCUGUUACUAAUCAGGAAAAGAUUGGAAAUCCUCCUGUACCAAUGCAGUUAAUUGCAAAUACUGCUAUGGGACCUUCAAAAAAUGUUCCUUCUACUGUAUCUAGUACCACAAUAAAGCCAGUAGCUUCUUCAAUCAGUGUUAUUGAUUUAACUAGAGAAGAUGGAGAUGUUGCAUCCUCUUCAUCAAAUAAUAAUCUUUCUACAGCUUCAUCUUUGGCAUCUUUAUCAGGUGGAAGUGUUGUUGUAACAUCAACACCAAAAACAAUUACUCUUUCAUCUACACCCACUCAAAAUAAUCCAAAUGUUGUUGCUGUUCCUCUUGUGUGUACAACUUCCCUUCCAUCUAUGAUGCCUUUUAUACCUUCAGCACCAACUGGUGUGUCAACAAGUAUUAGGACUUCACAAUCUUCAGCAGCUGUUGUUCCUUCAAAUUUAAAUCAAGGAGCAAGGGUAACUUAUCUAGUACCACAGGUGACAGCAGCUCCUCUCCCAGUAAAUCCUGCACGUCCUGGAACAACAAAUCAGAAUAUUGUUGCCAACUCUAAACAACAACCAAUGCAAACAAUAUUUCUACGUAUGAGCUCACCAUCCACCCCAACAAAUAGAUUUCCAAUGCAGCAGACAGUUUCUACCUCAAUUGCUCCAGCUAUUAGUGUUGUUCCUGUUCCAAGAAGUUCUGUAGCAAAUUCAACAAUUUCUCAGAGACCAUUACAAACAGUAGUAGUAUCAAGUGUACCAAUGAACACGAGUACAUUAAGUUCUGGUAAUACUGUGACCACACCUACAGAAAUGAAUCAGUUAACACCAACUAAAUCUACUCAAGUCAUCACAAAGCAACAAACAAAUGCCGGUAGUUCGAGCACAGUUAUGAUCUCUUGUGUAGCAAAACAUCCUGCACCUCUUCCUUCCCAUUCACCUAAUCCUGAAUAUCAACAUUUCAAAGCACUUCCUCCAAAACCAGCACUAAAAAUCUCUAGAGUUUCAAGUGGCAUUGUUCUAUCUUGGAAUAUGAUUCUUAACAACACCCAUGCAGAAGUAUCUAGUUACCAGUUAUAUGCAUAUCAAGAAGGUAAUGGUCCACCAAAUACUAAUUUAUGGAAGAAAGUUGGUGAUGUGAAAGCCUUACCAUUACCAAUGGCAUGCACAUUGACACAGUUUGUAGAAGGACACACGUAUCAUUUUGCAGUCAGAGCUGUUGACAUACACAGUCGCCUUGGACCAUUCAGUGACCCAACCAGUAUUGUGCUGGUGGGAAGAAACUCAGUCACUAAUAAAUAAUUCAUUUAAGGUACAUAUCUUGUCUGUAUUAUAAUUUAGUCAUGAGUUCAUUAAAGUACAUAUAAUAUCAGUUUCAAAUCAUUUCUUUUUAAUAUUCUGAAGAA